ACGCCGCGGCGACGACGCGGAGCGUCCGCGGGUGACCUUAAUCGGGACGAUCCACGCCGUGGCCGCGACAUCCAGCUACGACGUGUGGAUCGUCCAAGAAUGCGGAAACGGACGAUCCACGCCGUGGCCGCGGCGUCGACGCCGCGGCUACGACAUGGAGCGUCCGUGGGCGACCUCAAACGGGACGAUCCACGCCGUGGCCGCGGCGUUACGACGUGUGGAUCGUCCAAGUAUCCAGAAACGGACGGGUAUGAAGCACCUGAGCGCGCGAACUUCGAUUUGGUCCCCGAGAUGACUUGCAGGUCGACAUCUCCUGCAGCUCGAAUACCUCGCCGGGCUGCUGGCGGGCGAUGCACCGGGCAGCGGCUGAGCGGAUGGCCGAGCAGGGCGUCGUCGGCGCGGCAAACGGGCGGCGCGCGAGUUGCGACUGAGCCGGCGGCAUGCGGCGGAGCGUUGUGGCCCAUGAGUGAGCAUGUGUGCCGAGCAUGAGCAUGCUGUGCACGGACAUGGGCAUGGACAUGGACAUGGACAUGGACAUGGGCAUGGACAUGGGCAUGGACAUGGACAUGGACAUGGACAUGGAUAUGUGCAUGUACAUGGACAUGGACAUGGAUAUGUGCAUGUACAUGGACAUGGACAUAGACACACAUGGACAUGGACAUAGCUUUCUCGCUCCGAGUCGAUGUAAAGUAGGGAUUGAAAGAACAUAGAAGCCCGGACCGCACGUGAGAGCACGAUUUCUGUCCCUGUUGCGGUGCGGCAGGAGCUAUACAUGGACAUGGACAUGGACAUGGACAUGGAAAUGGACAUGGACAGGACAUGGACAUGGACAUGGACAUGGGCACGGACAUGGACAUGGACAUGGCGCAUGCACAUGCACGCCAGCAGAACUUUAGGGUGCCAGAGUUCAAAUUCACGACUCAAAUUCACAAUUCAAAGUCCAGCGAGGCGAUGAGCAAAGAAACC